AUGCAUCCAGGGAGCGCGGCCGCUUCCCUGCUUGUCCUGCUGGCGGCCAACCACUCCUCGCUGCUCCGCUGCGCCUGCGACCACUUCGCCAACGUCACCGACGUCGACGGCCGAGGCGGACUCAGUCACAGUCAAGCGGAGAUAUGGACAAACUACUGUCUCCACCAGAGGAGGUAUUUCCUGACUGAAACGUGCGAGAUUCUGGCGCCGCCGUCCACCGCGGUGACAGCUGUGGCCCACCUGGUGCCGGACAUCUGGAAUGAUGGACGGCCGCCCCCUGGAGGGGGAGCCCCGCAGCCUGCUGACGAUGAGAAGUGUGGCGCCGCCCUGGCGGCGGUUCCCGGCCUCACGCGGGCCACGGCCAGCCUACUAGCCAGCGCCAGGGACCUCAUGCGCCGUGCCGCUGCCCACUGCAUCGACUCCUGCUCUGUGGAGGGGUUCAACGACGUGGAAUGGAACCUGGAGACGUUGUCAACCGAUCAUCGGAGGCAGCCUCUGCUCUCCCAGUUACUCCAGGCUGCUCGUCGCAUCACGCAGGCCAUAGUCUCCAGGAGUGACCUUGCCUACACAUACAACAGGCAUUUUUUUCGGAGUUACCAGUACUUGAACAAAACUGAACUCGAGGCUGAGAAACUGGUGUUCCUGGAGUAUCUCUCCAAUUACUGGCGAGACUCUGUCCAGCUGCUCUCGCUCGGUGUGACGCAUAUCUCACAACUGUUCGUUCACAUGGCAUUUGAACACGUGGUUAACCAUACAAAUGAUCACCGACUCGACAGAUGGAUUAAGGGCGUGGAACGUGUGAGAGACAUGCUGCACACGAAACUGAGCGGUUGGGUACUCGACAUGCAAUCCGUCAGCGAGCUGAUAGCGCAUGGCAAGGUGGAAGAAGCCAAGAACUGGCCUGGAAAGUAUAUACACAGGCAGCCGCUGUUGAAUGAUGGCCUGCUGUCCUACCACGAGCACUACCUCUCCUUCCGUGGCGACUUCAGUGCGCAGUGUGAGGAGCUGCAGCCAGAGGCAUACCAGGUGUUCGGCCUGGCCGACGCACUCUAUUCCUUCUAUCACAGCUACUGGUUCAACAGACUGCGGUACUUCACUUCAAAGUUGACAGUUGUUAUCGACGUUAACGGUGGGGAGUGGCAGCUGGAGGACAAAAGCAACGCUACGCUCUCCGUGGACACUGACUGCGUGCAGCUGUUGGCGAACGCCCUGGACCACCCCACAUGUCCGCUGGAAGACCUGCCACUGGAAGCCCUUAAGCAGCGCGAGCAGUGCCGCGAGCAGCUGUGGGACGACGUGGUGCAGAGGUCGCCCCACAUACCCGUCACCAGCUACCUGGCCUACACGCAGAGGGUAAACGUCAACUUCUGCCUGCUGGCCUGGAUGGCGGUCAACUCGUACGGCAUUUGUCAGGACGUCCCCUUCAGUAUGAUGCGGUCCGUGCACGACGCUCGCUGCUAUUUCGACAGUCCCGAUGACCAGUCGUGUCUGGAAUCAAACGCUUCCGACGCCUUGUGUUCUGUUUCCAGAGCAGUGCUAUUGCUGAAGUGCCGCGACUUUUCCUUCCAAAAACCUCCGGAGGUGUGUGGCGUCAAUUUUUACGCAGAUGGAUCGCACUCGAUGACGUUCAAUGUAACGUGGCGAGGCGGCCUCAAAGGAUAUACAAAGCCAACCGAAAGAACACUUAACUACAAAGACAAUCUAAACAGCGCCACAUUAAAAUACAAGAAUUUCAAAAUCGACUCUUUAAAACCGUUAGAAAUAUCAUUUAUAGCAGUAAACAUUAUUUUCCGCUUCUUGACUGCCGGGGUUUAUUGA